UGAGAAAUUCAGCCCCACGAACAACGCACGGCCCGUCAGUCAAUCAAUCGAACUGUUUGCUAAUUUUGUUGCAGAAAUUAUGCCGAUUAGAAAAAUUGAAGUGUAAUACCAUUCUAUUUUUGGAACAUAAACUGCUUCUGACAGGAACAGGAGCAAUAUGUGGUUUUUGUAUCUUUUAAGUUAUGUGGCAUUUUUGGUGCAAAUGUUAUUCAUCGUAAUAUCUAUAGCUGCAGGUCUCUAUUAUCUGGCAGAAAUCGUUGAAGAAUACACUGUAGCGUCUAAGAAAGUAAUUUGGUGGAUGACAAUUGCAUCAUUAAUAAUUUAUACAUGUUUUUUAAUAUUUGAAGACUUGCCUCUUUCAAUGAAUGCCUGUGGUAUUCUGGCGCAUCUCACUCACCUUUUUAUAUUAAACUCCUUUCCUGUUGUGGUGUUAAGCUCUCCGCAAUUUCUUUUGGCUAUUGUGAUGUUAGUUGUCAAUCAUUACCUAGCAUUUAGUUAUUUUGGAAGCGUCUAUCAUCCCUUUUCUGAGGUAAUAGGAUACUUUACCUUGUGUCUGUGGCUGGUCCCAUUUGCUCUUUUUGUUUCUUUGUCUGCAAAUGAAAAUGUCCUUCCCACCCAUGCUGAGACAGCACCUCUACUUGACAAUGAUGUUGUCAGCAAUUAUUUCUCUAGACGGGGAAAGAAGUAUGGACUCCUUACCUUCUUCAACUAUGCUAAGGAGUCAGUUCUGCCUCAAAGAAAUAAAAAAGUUUUUUAAUCCUAAUUCUUAAAAUGAAAUCUACAAACUUUGAUACUAGGCUAGGCAGCUUAAGCUAAGAAACUGAUUUUUUUUUAAGCGCUCUCAUGAUUUUUCUUCUUUCCUUGAGUCAGGAAAACAAUGCUUAAAGUCGCUUAAAGUACGAAGUUCCAACAAUUUUUGGAGUCUUUUCUAUGGCUAUGGCUGUGUUAUGUAGUUAAUCUAUGUAUCUAUCCUUCCAAGAGCUACAUUUACUAGUCAUAAGAUGUAUAUUGUUCAGAUGUGCUGUAUAUAUUAGGUAAAAAAACCUUCCAAUAAUAUUUAUUUGUAAUUUGAAGUUGGUAAUCGAACACUUUGAAACUCAUCUGUUCAUGCUCAAGCUCAAAAAUUUUAAAAAAUGAAAUAAUUAAUACUCUAUGUUAGUAUUCAAUGUAUCUGCAGUUGAAGAACUGUCCCUUAGCAAAUUUUGUAACUUCAUACAAAAAAUAAAAUUUCCUUUCAAUCCUGUA